AUGACUUCAUACCAAACUACGGACAUCGAUCGUUAUGGAGGAUGCGGCAUGCCUGCGCCUGGAUGUGAAGGAGUAGACAAACAAAGUGACAGUUGUGUUGCUCAACUUGUGAGGCCGUACAAAUUCUACAUAUCCAUUGAAAAUUCUAAUUGUGUCGACUACGUUACAGAGAAAUUUUUCCAAGCAUUGAUUAGUCGUAUGGCCGUUCCCAUAGUACUGAAAAGGGAGAUUUACAAGAAUAUUGGGGCUCCUGCAGAUUCAUUUAUAGCCUUAGACGACUUUAGAAACAUUGAAGACAUGGUCGAACACGUUAAGGAAGUUGGAGAGGACAAGCAGCAAUACCUCAGAUAUCAUCAGUGGAGGAGCAAUUAUGAGCGGUUGUCUGCGUUGAACCGCUCUUCUUACAGAGUCCUGCCAGAACACAACGACGAGACUGGAUUUUGUGAGCUGUGCCGUCGGCUUCAGUAUGACAAGAUACCUUCCAAAUCUUAUGAAGAUGUUAGAAAAUGGCAUGCUGAUGAGCAGUGCGAUAACGAUUACGCAAAAAUAUUUUUGUCAUCUAGCGAGUGA